AUAAGGAAGCAGGGAGCUGGAGCUGUGGAGGUGGGGGGAGCAUUGGUCCCACUAAUACCUUGGAGUUGGGCUGGGCCUGUGUGGAGCUCCAGAGAUGUUCCACAGCCCAUUCUUCCUAAGAACCAAUGAGUAAAAUUAGGGGCCUCCCUCCUGUGGUCAGGGACCCAGGCCCUGGAGUGGAACUUGGAGUAGAAGAUGGUCUUCUUUGUCAACUGAUCCAUUCUCCAGAAUUCAACUUGUUCUCUGACUCAGUGGUGUUUGAAAGCACCUUUAUCCAGGUCACCAAGCAAGGACACUGGAUGGAUGCCUAUGAACGAUCUGCCACUGUGAUCCUUGGUGUGACCUCUUCAGUACCCUCCUUGCCACUCCCCAAUGUCCUCCUGAUGGCCAACGUUACCUGGUCUCAGGGUCAGCUUAACACCUGUAGCACACCUGGUGCCCCUGUCAUCACUCUCAGCAGGAUUCUCCCCCUGAAAUAUGUGGAGCUACAAAUCUAUGACAAGACCCAGCGCAUCCUGAGGGUUAGGACAGUGACUGAGAAGAUCUACUACCUGAGGCUCCAUGAGAAACAUCCCCAGGCCGUGUUUCAGUUCUGGAUCCGCUUGGUGAAAAUUCUGCAGAAAGGUCUAUCCAUCACCACCAAAGACCCAAGGAUUCAGUUCACGCACUGCCUGGUGCCCAAAAUGCCCAACUCCUCCACCACAACAACACCUGAAAGCAGCCUGCCAUCAUCCUCCCAGCCUAUCGAGACCCUAAUGCUGCUGGCAGCAGAGCAGACCACCAGCAGUCUCUUGGGACUCUCAAGAAAGCACCAGCUCACAGGAGCCAGGCAAACUGACACCACUACUGAAGCAGACAACCACAACAGCUACAAGUCACCCUCGCUGGUGGCAUCUCCAAUCAAUAUACCCAUGAGAGCCACCUUGCUCCACAGCCUCUGGGAACAAGAGGACCCAAAUGAGAACUUCUUGCAGGCUCCUGUAGCUAGCUCCUUAGAAAAGAACUUUUUGGGACCCUGACACCAGAAUGGGAUGUCAGUCUUGGCCUGUGUGUACUUUCUAUGCCUCCUACAAUGCUGCUUCCCGCAGUGAGCCAAGUGACCAUAGGAGAGAUGUGAUGGUGCUUAUACCACGGUGCUCUUGCACUUCCACCAAUAAACUUCCAA